CGGCGGCGGCGGUCGUGAAGGGCAUCGGCGACGGCGGUGAUGGCAGUGCUGAUCUGAAGAUGGAAAGAGCCAGGCGAAGGGGAGGCGGCGGCGGCGGCGGCGGCCGCGGCCGCGGAGGCAAGCAUGUAGGGGGCUCUGGCCUAAGCAAGAGUAGACUCUACCCCCAGGCCCAGCACGCCCACUACCCGCACUACGCGGCCUUAGCCUCCUCUCACCAGCCCGGGGGCACGGCCGAAAUCCAGGAGCUGGCCUCCAAAAGAGUGGACAUCCAGAAAAAGAGGUUCUACCUGGACGUGAAGCAAAGCUCCCGGGGCCGGUUCCUGAAGAUAGCCGAAGUCUGGAUAGGGAGAGGCCGGCAGGACAACAUCCGCAAGAGCAAGCUGACCCUCUCCCUGUCGGUGGCCGCGGAGCUCAAGGACUGUCUGGGGGACUUCAUCGAGCACUACGCCCACCUGGGCCUGAAAGGCCACCGGCAGGAGCAUGGCCUCGGCAAAGAGCAGGGCUCCAGGAGGAGGCAGAAGCACCUGGCACCCUCCCCGCCAGUGUCCGUGGGGUCCGAGGAGCACCCCCACAGUGUCCUCAAGACGGACUACAUCGAGAGGGACAAUAGGAAAUAUUACCUCGACCUCAAGGAGAACCAGCGUGGUCGCUUCUUGCGGAUCAGACAAACCAUGAUGCGGGGGGCUGGCAUGAUCGGUUAUUUUGGCCACAGUUUGGGCCAAGAGCAGACGAUCGUCCUCCCAGCGCAAGGGAUGAUUGAGUUUCGCGAUGCCUUGGUCCAGCUCAUUGAGGACUACGGCGAAGGGGACAUAGAAGAACGAAGAGGGGGAGACGACGAGGACCCGCUCGAACUCCCAGAGGGGACUUCUUUCCGAGUGGACAAUAAAAGGUUCUACUUUGAUGUGGGCUCUAAUAAAUAUGGAAUUUUCCUGAAGGUAAGUGAGGUGAGGCCACCUUACCGUAAUACUAUUACCGUUCCGUUCAAAGCUUGGACAAGGUUUGGGGAGAAUUUUAUCAAGUAUGAAGAAGAGAUGAGGAAAAUAUGCAACAGCCAUAAAGAAAAGAAAAUGGAUGGCAGAAGGGCCAGUGGUGAAGAACAAGAAUGCCUCGACUAGCGUGAAAUUGAACUCCAUCAGGCAAAAUUUAAAACCAUAAAAUUGGCUAAAAGUACUGAUCCGUAAUCAUUUGAAGAAGUUUUUCCUCUUUUUCGGCCCUUUUGUUAUUAGGAAUACCUCUAUAGUUUAUACUUCAAGGAGUCCGAUUCUCAUGUUAUGUUAUACAUAGAACACUAUAAUUCUUACGGGAAUUCCCACCUUCCCAGAGCUAAAUAGUUUAGCUGCUUCAUCUGCUCCAGACUAUUGAAUUAUGCAAAUCAGCACACACAAAAAUGUGACAUUCUGAUCUUCUAAAUACCAUAACUAAGAUUUACAUUGCACUAUGACAUAAUCCUGAAAAAAGAUACAUAUAUUUAAUAUGGAAGUGUGAAUUACUGUUUAACAAGUUCCCCAAAAAAAAAGUAUCCCGUUCCUUCUUCGUUAAAAGCUGCUAAGCUUACUAUAGGACAGUUAUCACAGAACAGAAAUUGACCUCAAGGAUAAUAUAAAUAUAUUUAUUUAUAAAAGUACAAGUAGAAAUAUAUUAAUUGUCCAUUCGAUAACUGAAUAUUAAAUAGUACCAUUAAAGCAUAAAAUCUUAGAGUUACUAUAGUAUUCCAUAAUUUAAAAUGUGUGGUAACUUCACAGUUUAUAGUUGCCAUAUCAAAUCCAUGGGAGAGUUUUAAUUGGUUAUUCUAAGUUAGUUACAAUCCCAUCUUCACUCCUGUUUAUUGUAUCAGAGAUUUUUUAUUGACUUUCCAAAGUUUCAGGAAUUACUUUUAUGUCAUUAUUGAGGGGAAAUCGUCAUCAUAUGGAUUUGCCAUGGAUAUUUUGUUGUUUUAGCUUUUCAUGCUAAUUUGAAGGUGGUGAGAGAUUUUUCCCCAAAAUAUAUCAUGGACUCAAGGUGUUAUAUUUUAUGCUUCUUCUUUAACACUAUUUCAGAGGGGUUGGUGCACCAG